CGUUUCUGUGAGCAGGAUGUCGAUGAGUGUGAACUUGGCUUGCAUGACUGCAAGAAUGGAGGUACUUGCUUCAACAAGAAGGAAGGCUAUCACUGCGUCUGUGUCAACGGCUGGGAAGGUGAACAUUGCGAGAUCAACAAGGACGAUUGCGUGGAUGCGCUUUGCGAAGCGGGCAGCACUUGCGUGGACCAUAUUGCCAAGUACACAUGCGAAUGUCCACCUGGACGCAUUGGUUUGUUCUGUCACAUGGAAGAUCCAUGCCUGGCGAAUCCAUGUCGAACUGGCUCGGUCUGCGAGCCGGAUACUUCGAGUGGAAAGUAUACUUGCGAAUGUCCGAAAGGUUACACUGGCGAAGACUGCUCCGAAGAUAUCAACGAAUGUGAACAGGGUCACGUUUGUUACAAUGGCGGGACGUGCAUAAACACGCCAGGAUCAUUUCGCUGUGAUUGUCCAACCGGUUACACCGAUUGGCACUGUCAAACACAUGUUAAUCAGUGCUCCACAAAUCCAUGCCUCAAUUCGGGCACAUGCCUGGAUUAUGGCACACGUUUCAAAUGCGUCUGCAUGUCCGGAUUCCAUGGAAAGCACUGCGAGCAGCGUUGCCCGGCUGGUUUUGAAGGCGAAAACUGCGAACGACGUCAGUUCGUGGAGUGUAGCUCCACGGAUUGUUUGAAUGGUGGUGUUUGCUCGAAGGGUUCUUGCCGCUGUCCUCCCGGAUAUACCGGUGAUCGUUGCGAGAAAAAAUUUGAUCCAUGCAAGUACCACAGUUGCCCGGAAAAUGCGGUCUGCAUACCGUUGAAUAAUGGAGCAGCCUACAAAUGUGAAUGCAAACUGGGCUUCUAUGGACACGACUGCAAAGAAGAAGUACGAUUUUAG